UUGAUCUUGCAGUAAAGCGCGAGUUUAUCUUGUCGUUGCAUGUUAGGCUUAAGUUAAAUGGACAUCCAAAUAAACAUCUGAUAACUCGAAAAUGUCGCACUUUGUUUCUGUUUUAUACAGGUCUGACAAGAUGCCCUUGACCCACCCCUCUUUUAAAUUGUUUAUAAUAAUGUAUUCUGUCGUGCAUUACAAAAAUCUUCAUGUUUUUGUAGGUCUCAUUUUAUAGUCAUGGAAGUUGCUACCAUCGUCGACGAAGAAAACAACAAAUAUGCUUUUAAACGAUACAACGGACACCCGUUUACCUUAGAUGUCGUUGGAAAUGUUAGAGAUCAGCUUGACAAAAUAGCCCAGCGCAAUAUCAAGGAGGACGAUGUGCUGGUUUGCGUUUUUCCUAAAUCUGGUACACAUUGGCUAUACAACACCGUGAUGAUGUUACGAUCAGGAUCCUUGACAUAUCAUGGAACACCUACAAUGAUGGAAUUUCAAGAUUUCAACGACAUUGAAGAAAUGCAGUCGCCGCGAACAUUCGGCUCGCACCUGCGUUUCCGGUUCCUCCCCGAUCAGAUGAAGCUCGGUAAAGGGAAAAUUGUCACCAUCACCCGUAAUCCGAAGGACAUCGUGGUAUCAAUGUACCACAUGCUGCAAAAACUCACAAAAUUUGUCGGCUACCAGGGAACGUUUGAAGGCUACCUAAAAUAUUUCCUCAGCGAAGAACAUUUCGUCAGUUCAUGGUUUUCCUGGAUUCAAGACCUGGAGAAAUGGAAAAGUCCGUAUUGCCUAAGUCUUUCUUACGAGGACUUUCGAAAGAAUACAUUUGCAAACGUCGUCAAGUUAGCUCAGUUUUUAGAAGUUGAUCACGAUGAAGAUUUUCUGCGAUCAGUCACGCAGAAUAUUCAAUUUGACAAAUUGAAAGAACUUCACAACAUACAGAAUCCGGCCAGUGAUCGUUGGAAAGAAAUCUGCGAAGAAGGGCGACUACCAAUAUACUGGAAAGGUCAGUCAGGAGACUGGAAAAACAUGUUCACCGUUGCCCAAAGCGAAAUGUUUGAUCGGGUGUACAAGGAGAAAGUGGCGAAACUCGGUCUGAAGAUCAAAUUCGAAUAAACAAGUCCAUGAACACAUGUGAAAUCUUGAAUCGAAUAUCCAGAUCAUAUGCUCACUGUAAUAGCUGUAAGUUUUCCUUGGUCGCGAGGUUUCAAGGGAGAUUGAGUCAUGAAAUUACAACAAAAUCAAAUUAAAAACAAAAGAAUAAUAAUAAAAUAAACAAGUAAUGAUAAUAAAAAAUGAAGAAAAAAAAACAAAAAACAAAAAAAAACAAAACAAAUGUGUAAGUCUUGGAAAUAUUAUUUGAAAAUCUAUAUUAAAUUGUAAUUUAUUUCAUUAUUCAGUCAAUGUUACCAUCGAACAGAGACGUACAUGUAUUAUGAUAUUAAGUCCGGAGUUUUAGCUAGAAAGCUAAUAAUUGUGACACUACCUUCCAAUGGCCAGAUCGUAAUGUAGUGUGAGGUAUAUGGACCUAGAUAUGACACACACACACACACACACACAUAUACACGUCGUUAAGAGCCAUGCCGAUAACAUACGAUUUGUCGAGUAGUAUUGUUAUUCUUUUUGACACUACUUACCAAUGGCCAGCUUCGAUCAGGGCCACAUCAAUAACAUAUUAUCCUUUAUGAACAUUCAAAUAAUCACGAUUCGAUAUAUGGUACUAUGAUAGUUAUCCAAAUGGUUAUGUAUACAUCGUCACAUGGAGGACAAAGCAUAUAAUUAACUAAUAGAAUAGUAUAGAAUAUCGCCCAUCCUAAUUUGGCAAAAUGUGGUUAUACAUUAUAAUUAUUAUAUUAUAUAUAUUGUGUGUAAUUAGAUAUGAAUUAUUUUUUGUUAUUAACCAUCCCUACUAUUGUUAUAAAAUGUCGGCGCGUCAAGAGUUGGUGGAAUAUCAAACCGACAUAUAUCUACAAAUCACUUCCUUCACUUAGUUUCUCAUUUCUCCUUUCCCUCUACCUCGAGCUGUACAUGUUUCCUUUACGCCUUCAUAUUUUCUUCAGACAUAAAUUAAUUUCUUUAAGUAUUAAGAAUUGUUUACAAUGCUGUCCUGAAUAAUCAAAUUAAGAAAACAUUUUUAUAUCAGUGUCAUAUCAUGUUCAUGAACUAGGAAAAUAAAUAAAGUUUAAACUGAA